CUUGUACAAGUGAAAUUGAUCGUAUUGAAGUAUUCAGAACAACAUUAUUGUUCAUUUAGAUUACGGCAAAACUAAUUUAAAGAAAUAAUUGCAGCCAAUAUGUAAAAUUUCUACAAAAUUUUUUGGAGUGAUUUUAGUAUUAAAAAUUUAAAUACUAAAUAUAAUAUAGAAAUAGAGAAAUAAAGGAGAAGGAAAUAUUAAAGUUAAGGAAGUUUUAUUUUAGUUAGAAAGAAGAAAAUAGAAAGACUUAAGUUCUCCUUUACAUUAAUAAUUAUAAUUCAAUCUUUAAAAGAUUUAAUCCAUCAAAAUGGAGAAAUCUACAGCACUUCAUCAUCAUCAUUCAACUAGUUCAACAACAGCAGCAACUGGUUCAAAUGUUUUAGCGGGUAACGGGCCUAAUAAAGUUUCACAAAUUGCCAAUAUAUUCCAAAGGCGGCCUAUUGCCACCGAUAAUCAAGAGACUUCAUUAAAAGACAGUAGUUGUACUAAUAGUAGUAGUAAUAUCACAACAGGAGCAACACAAUUACAUUCACAUUUACAUCAGCAUCAUCAGCCACAAGUAACUGUGGUUAGAACUGAAUCACAUUCCACACGUUUUAAUAAUGCUCGCGCACUAUUUGAAAAAUUAGGUGCCGGUAAAACAUCUGCCUUAAGUAUUAAAAUGUCACGUUCCGGUAGUCGUGAAGAUAAUUUAUGUGAUCAUGCUGAUAAUUCACGUGAACAUCAACAGCAACAGCAACAACAACAGCAACAGCAGCAACAACAACAAAAUAGAAGAUCUCCAUCACCACCAUUAAAUAAAAGACGAUCAUCACCAUUUUUAAAUGAUGGUGGUGUUCGUAAUAGCGGUGGUAUAAAUCAAAGUGCCAAUAUUUUAAAUAAUAAUAAUACCCCAAAUAAUAUUGUUUGUAGCCUAAAUGGUGGUAUACAACAAAAAGAUAUUCCAUCAAAAAUUCAUAAUAUUUCUAGAUUAAAAUCUGAUGAGAUAAGUGGUGGUGAAAAACCAGAAAAACCAGAACGUAAAUUUAAUUCUCGUGAAUUGAUAGAAAAACAGAAAAAGUGGACAUCACAUUUUCCUAGAACCCGAAAUUGUACAAAUCGUGCAGAACCGACGCGUUGUGAUAUAAUAAGAACCGGACCCGGUAUAAGUAUUGUUCAACCGAAUCGGCCUAAUAAUAAUCAAGUUGCACCACCAAAGUUACAACAAACUCAGCCACAACAUUCAGUUGAAUCAAAUAACUCAUAUUACUCAUCAAAAUCAUCUUCAAUGGAUUUAGAAGAUAAUUCAUUACCACCUAGUCCACCAGUAAGACAUAAUGUUUGUCCACCAGAAAUCAAACCAAAAAAUUCAUCAAAAACUGGUAGUCCAAUAAGAUCACCACCAUUGCCGCCAAUACCAGCUGCAAAACCAUCUGCAGCUGCUGUUGCUGCAAUGCGUUGUAUAUCAAGUCCAGAACGAAUACGUUCACCAACAAAGGUAUCUGAGCCACCGCCGGUACCAAUGUCACCACCCGGUUCAUCAUCAUCAACAUCAUCAGCAUCGGUUUCAAUAAACUCAUCACCAGCAAGACAAAUAUCUCAACAAACUACAACAACAGUAGUUCCACAUAAAAAUGAUGAAUUUCCGGAAAAAAUUCGUAAACGUUCUAUUGACAUAUUAGAAGAUCAACACAAUCAAUUGCAACAAAAUAAUUUUAAUCAUAAUCAACAGCAUCAACAAUAUCAAAAAUCUUCAAUUUCACCAUUACCUAUUGUUGGUAAUAGUGGUAAUAAUGGUGGGCAACCAGUCUUUGAACAACAGAAACGUUCAUCAAUUGACAAAGAUUUAAAUUCUCCACCAUUAAUUGCACCACGUACUGUUAGUUCUAGUCCUAGUCCAGCACCAAGUGCAUCGUCAGGACCGUCGAGUCCUGUUCAUACAGAAGAUGAAAAACAAGAAAAUGAAUCAACUGAAAAAUCUGAAUGGAAAAAUCAAUCUUCUUCUACAAGGACGGCAGAAAAUGACGGUCGAACACCAAAGACAUCUACAUCAUCAUCACCAGAGAAGAACGACAAUGAUAAUUCAAGUCAAUACGCAUCAAUUCAUCCAAAAUCAGUUACCAAAAAAACAAGUAUUUCAGUGAAUAUUCCAGCAGCUGGUUUAGGUUCAAGACCAGCUAGUACAAUUAGUUCAGUUAGUACAUCUGAUGAAGGUGGUUUUAAUGAACCAUCACCAGAAAUUAAAGCAAAAUUAAAACCAGCAUAUAUAUAUGAUACACCAGCACAAACAGUUCCAUCUCCACCACAAAGAAGUCCAUCAAAAGAAUUUAAAAUUGGUUCAUCACAACAAUCACAGGAUAACAUCACAUAUUUACAACAGCAACAACAGGAAAAAGAACAACAAAAAAAUCUAGAUAUAGAUGAUGAACAGAAAACAAGUUUAACAUAUGCUGAUGUUGGUUUUCGUUUAAAUCCAGAUGGUAGUGAAAGUAAACCAAGUUAUGGUGAAUCAGAACUUUAUCAUACAGCUACAGAUAUACCAAAAACACAAUUUCAUUCCAAUGUAUUCGAAUGUAAUAAAUCAUCAGUUGUUUAUGCAUCAAUAAAACCAGAAAUUCCUCCACCAUCAGAUUUAUUUUUUGAUAAAAAAUCUAAUGAUAAUAGUCAUAGAAUUCCGACAACAACAACAACAGCAACAACAGUAGCAACAAAUAAUUAUAAUAAUAAUAUAAAUAAUAAUAAUAACAACAAUAACAAUAAUAGUAAUUUUAAUUCAAGCACAAAUGAUACAAUUUAUAACAACAGUGAAAGAAAAUUAAUGUCACCAACAAAAGUUAUUGAAAAUCAACAUAAUCAUCAUAAUAAUCAUCAACAUAGCCAACAAAAUUUACAACAGAAUAAUUUUAAUGAAAACGAAUUACCAAAUAGUCCAAAAUGGAAUGAUGAUUCAAUAACAUCAAAAUAUUCAAAUAGUAAUAAUUAUAGAAUAAAUACAACAUCAUCAUCAUCAUCAUCAAUGUCACCAUCAUCAACAGUAACAACAACAACAAUAAAUACAACUGCAAAUGUAGUAGCAGCAACAACAGCAGUAAUAACAGCAACAAAAGUUCCUUUGAAUACUGAAGAAAAUUAUGAUCAUAAUGAUCAUAAGAAUGAUGAAGAUUAUAAAAAUAAUUAUGACGAUGAUGAUGUCGAUGAUCUCGAUGAUUUAGAAUUUCAUAGAUAUUCAGAUCAAUGUCCAACAUUACCGUUACGUCCACCACCACUGCCAAUUGGUCCACCAUUAGAUGUUAAAGGUAUUGAUGAUGUACAAUUUGCAGAUGCAAGUGAUGGUGAAAAUGAUGAUGAUGUAAAUGAAAGAGAACAAAAUAGUUUACCAGAUGCGAUGACAGCCGAUGAAGCUGAAAGAUUGUUGAGCUCAAGAAUUUUGGAAUGCAAAAUCAGGCAGCAAUCUUUAUUAUCUGACGAGCAAGCAAAAGAAGUUGAGCAAAUUUUAUCGGCAACUUCAGCUUCAACUCGUAAUGUAACAACUGGUCAAAUCUCAUUAUCUUCAUUAUCGCCACCAAAGAAACCUAAUACAACAAAUACUACUACAACAACAUCAGUUAAUUCUAGUCAAAAUGAUACUAAAGAUAAUGAUGACGGACCAGAAUGGUUAAAAGAUGUAUUAGAAGCACCUAAUAAACAUCUAGAAAAUAUUGAAAAAUUAAAUCAAGAAAAAUCAGAAGAAAAUCAACAAAAAGAACAAAUAAUACAAGAUAAUAAUGAUGUUAUUGAAUUAGAACGUGAAGAAGAAGAUGAAUUAGAUAAUCCACCAAAACCAGAUGAAAUUUUAGAGAUCUCAACAACUCAAGUUCAAGGAAAUUCAACUAUAAAUGAAAUUAAUUUAAAUAAAACAUCAAGUUUUGAUUCAUUAACACAACAACAACAGCAACAAUUACAACAUCAACAACAAGAAUCUCUUCAAGAAUCAAUAGUCUCUGUAGAAUCAAUAACUACAACAACUGAAUCAUCAACUGGUCAAACAACACGUACAACUGCAGAUGAAAGUUUAUUAUCAAGUAAACAAAAUUCAAUUGGUUCAUUAGUUGAAACAGCAUCUAUCGAUCAAUCAAUUUCAUCAACUGGUACUAACGUUGGUCUAUUACAAGAUCCAGAUCAAUAUUAUAUACCAGAAUAUCCACCAGUUAAAAGUAAAGAAGUUUAUGUUGAAGGUGGUGUACAUUAUUUCGAAGAUGGAAACUUUUGGAUGGAAGUACCAGGUCUUAUUGAAUCAGAUGAAGAUGAUUCACCAUAUCCACCAGUAACUGUUAAAAAGAAUACAAAAGUUAAAUUUAGUAGUGGACCAAUACAAGUUUUUUCAACAUUUUCGGUAACAGAUUAUGAUAGACGAAAUGAAGAUGUUGAUCCAGUUGCAGCAUCAGCUGAAUAUGAACUUGAAAAGCGUGUUGAAAAAAUGCAUGUGUUCCCAGUUGAAUUGGUUAAGGGACCCGAAGGUUUAGGUUUAAGUAUAAUUGGUAUGGGAGUUGGUGCUGAUGCUGGUUUAGAAAAAUUAGGUAUUUUUGUUAAAACAAUAACUGAUAACGGUGCUGCUGCCAGAGACGGAAGAAUUCAAGUAAACGAUCAAAUUAUCGAAGUUGAUGGUAAAAGUUUAGUUGGUGUAACACAAGCAUAUGCUGCAUCUGUUUUAAGAAAUACAAGUGGUCCAGUCAAAUUUCAAAUUGGACGUGAACGUGAUCCAGAAAAUUCAGAAGUUGCACAAUUAAUUAGAUUAAGCCUACAAGCUGAUAAGGAGAAAGAGGAAAGACUUAAAAGACAACAAGAAGAAUAUCUUCGACGUACAUUAGAAUAUUCAGAAGAUUUAACACAACCAGCUUCAGCUAAUUCAAGUGUUUGUGAAGGACCAACAAGUCCUACAGCCGUUGAACAUCCAAUGGAAGUUGAAGCGACACAUUCACAAGAGGUAGAGUCUCUAAAGAGACUUCUACAAGAGAGUGAAGUAAGUAGUAUGUUGAAAGAUGAAGAAAUCUUGAAUCUUAAACGACAGUUGGUUAAGCUGGAAACAACUGGAAAUGAAAAUGAAUUACUUAACGAACGCUUACGACAAACCGAACGUGAAUUAACCAAUAUUAAAAAAGAAGCAUCCAAUUAUCAAAAUAUGUUACAACAAUCUCAAGCUCAAUAUAUGGCAUUAGAGAAAAAAUAUAAUAAAGUUAAACGUGUUGUACGUGAAUUUCAACAACGUGAAAUUGAUAUGCAAAAUCGUGAAGAAUUUUAUACACAAUUAUUACAAGAGAAAGAUACUGAAUAUAAUGCAUUAGUUAAAAAAUUAAAAGAUCGUAUUAUAAAUUUAGAACAGGAAUUGCAAGAUACCCAAAGAAGAGCUGGUUUUCCAGUUGAAUUGCCAUAUGAUAGUGCUAGUCUUAAAUUAACACCACAAAUGUCACGUAAACAGCCACCAAAACCAUUAUUUAAUCAAAAAUUAGAAGCUGAAUUAUCUGAUACUGAAAUAUCAGAUUUAUCACCGGAUGGUGAUGGUGUUAAAACAGCAACAGUUGAACGUAAAAUACCAAUUAAAGAUUCAGAAUUAGAUACAGCUGUACCACAGCAUGAGCUAUUAGAUAAUUCUGUAACAAAAACAAAAAUUGAUUUAGCAUCUCGUGGUGCAUUAGCGAACCGUCAGUUACCGACUGCUGGUAAAAAAAGUUUGAGUAAUAGUAGUUCGGAUUGUGCUCUCGAUGACGACAAUGAAGAAAAUAUUAUUAAAUCAGAUCAAUUGCAACAGCAACAACAACAGCAACAACAGCAGCAAACGGUUUCAAAUGGUAGUCAUCAAAAUGGUAUUAUUACGUCAACAAUGAUAUCAUCAACUGCAUCAUUAAUAUCAACAACAUCAUCAUCAUCUUCAUCUGUUGUUGCAACCGCUGUAUCAACAUCAACAUCAAUUAAUGGUAUAUCAAAUAAUCGUAAUAUUAAUAAUGGUAUUAAUAUUGAUGAAAAUCGUUAUAAUCGUGAAAUAAUAAAUCAAAAUGCUGCACCAUUAUAUGCUCAAGUACAUAAGGAACGUAAUGAAAAUAGCAGUAGUAAUAAUUAUAAAACUCAUUUCACAAUACCAAAUAUAUAUAAAAAUGAUACAAAUGAUACAUUUAGUAAAGAUUUAAAUAGCUCAUAUGACAGUAUAUUAAGUUCUAAUGAUAAGCUUUCUGAAACUGAACAACAAAAUACAGAUAAUUGGAUGUAUCCGAGUCGAAGGCGUAUUGGUGUUAAAUUACCACCUACAUCAUUUACAGAUCAAUUAAAUCAAGUAUUAGCUGAUCGUGAAAGACGACUUGGAGAUGGUUCUUCACGUGAUUCUAGUGAUGAUUACACUGAAAUAAAUAAAUUAACAAAAGAACAACAACAACAGCAACAAUCACAGCAGCAGCAACAAAAUCCUGCGGCUGUUAUAACACAAAAUUUAAUUGUAGAAAUAAGACAAGCCGUUAAUGAAGCUCAACCCAAAGUAAAAAAUGUAAUUCCACAAUCACUUUCACCACCUGGUACUGUACCGUGGCAACAACAUGGUCCCCCAUCCCCGUCCAGUAUGUCAUCUGGUUCAACAUCACCCGGAUAUUCACCUAGCCGAAAUUUAGAUUUGUCAGGUUCAAGUACAAGCUUUUCUAGUGAAAAAAAUAAACAUUCACAUUAUUGGAAAAAUGGACCUGUUCAUGAAUGGUCUAAAGAACAGGUGUGUCAUUGGUUGAUGGCACAUGGUUUACAAGAUCAUAUACCGAAAUUCCGUGAGCAUAGUGUACAAGGUGGCGCUCUUUUACAAUUAGACUCACGUGAUUUUAAAAUACUUGGUGUAAGUGGUGAUGAUAAAUCAAAAUUAAAACGUCGUUUAAAGGAACUUAAAGCUGGCAUCGAAAAAGAACGCAAAGACCAGGAAAGAUCAAGAAAAGAACGAGAAAAAGCAAUACGAAAAGCUGAGAAAAAAGCCGAAAAAGCAGCCAAAAAGAAGUAAAAAAUAAUUAAAAAAGAAAGCAAAUUAUUUUUCUUUUCUCUUUAAACUAAAAAAAAAAAACAAAA